AUGGGGAGUAGGAACAAAACAGAAGUGCCUGACUUCAUCCUUAUGGGAUUGACAGAUUCUGAAGAGAUCCGGUGGGUCCUUUUUAUGCUAUUUCUCCUGAUAUACCUGAUCACCCUGGUAGGGAAUGCAGGGAUGAUACUGAUAAUAUGCCUGGAUCUCCAGCUUCAUACCCCCAUGUAUUUUUUCCUCAGUCACCUGUCAUUCCUUGACCUCAGUUACUCAACAGUCAUCACCCCUAAAACCUUGGAGAACUUACUGACUUCCAACAAACAUAUUUCAUUUAUGGAUUGUUUCACUCAGAUGUAUUUCUUUUUCUCCUUGGCUAUCACAGAACUUUUCCUUCUCUCUUCAAUGGCCUAUGACCGUUAUGUAGCCAUCUGUAAUCCUCUGAACUACCAGGUUGUUAUGUCACCAAAGCUUUGCCGUGCCCUCAUCACUGGGUCCUACAUGAUGGGUUUUAUUGAAUCAUUAGUUGUUGUUCUUUACAUGAGCAGUUUGGAUUUCUGCAAAUCUAAUGUUAUUUAUCACUUUUUCUGUGACACGACCCCAAUGUUAGUCCUGUCCUGCACUAAUACUCAUGACACUGAAAUCAUGAUAUUAAUUUUCACUAGUUUAAAUGUAAUGGUGUCUCUUAUCACAGUCCCUGUGUCCUAUGGGUCCAUUCUGUCUACUAUCCUGAAAAUUAACUCCACUUCAGGAAAGCACAAAGCCUUCUCUAAUUUUGCUUCCCACCUCCUGGUGGUCACCAUCUUUUAUGUCACUGCAACUGUUUCUUAUUUAAAACCAAAGCCAUCCUACUACUUGGGAAAGGAUCAAGUGGUCUCCAUAUUUUAUACUAUGGUGGUCCCCAUGUUGAAUCCACUCAUUUAUAGUCUUAGGAACAGAGAAGUGAAAAAUGCUCUCAUUAGAGUCAUACAGAAGAGAGAGGUUUCCAGACAAUUGAAAUGA